UGCUUUCCGUAGUUUUAGUGACACGUGACCCGAGUAUUUAUAUAGAGGUGACUGGAUCAUUUGUUUCUCCGACUGAAGAGAAAGGAAGAACAUGGCGUCGACGAGCCGCGGUGAAGGUCUGACCCUGCCCAGGGUUACGUGUCCCAACCACCCUGAUGCCAUACUGGUGGAGGACUACAGAGCAGGAGACAUGAUCUGUCCUGAAUGUGGCCUUGUUGUUGGUGACCGUGUGAUCGACGUGGGCUCAGAGUGGAGGACGUUUUCUAACGAGAAAGCUCUCAAAGAUCCGUCCAGAGUGGGCGACGCCCAGAACCCUCUGCUGAACGGAGCAGACCUCACUACCAUGAUCAGCAAGGGAACUGGUGCUGCCAGCUUUGACGAGUUUGGGAACUCCAAGUAUCAGAACCGACGGACCAUGAGCAGCUCUGACCGGGCCAUGCUGCACGCCUUUAAAGAGAUUAGCAACAUGGCGGACCGGAUCAACCUUCCGAGGAACAUCGUAGACAGAACAAACAACCUGUUCAAGCAGGUUUACGAGCAGAAGAGUCUGAAGGGCCGAGCCAACGACGCCAUCGCCUCCGCCUGCCUCUACAUCGCCUGCAGACAGGAGGGGGUGCCCAGAACCUUUAAAGAGAUCUGCGCCGUCUCUCGGAUCUCAAAGAAGGAGAUAGGUAGGUGCUUCAAGCUGAUCCUGAAGGCUCUGGAGACCAGUGUGGACCUGAUCACCACCGGUGAUUUCAUGUCCCGAUUCUGCUCCAACCUGGGCCUGCCCAAGCAGGUGCAAAUGGCUGCCACCUUCAUCGCCAGGAAAGCUGUGGAGCUCGACCUGGUACCCGGCAGGAGCCCCAUCUCAGUGGCUGCUGCAGCCAUCUACAUGGCCUCUCAGGCCUCUGCAGAGAAGAAGACUCAGAAAGAAAUUGGUGACAUUGCCGGCGUGGCAGACGUCACAAUCAGACAGUCUUACCGACUCAUCUACCCACGUGCCGCAGAGCUUUUCCCCCCAGACUUCAAAUUCGACACACCUGUGGACAAGCUGCCCCAGCUGUGAGGAGUCGUCUGGCUCAGGCGGCGUUCCUCUGCUGUACUCGAGUUUUUCUAGCUUUUUAUUUCCCUUCUGGACUUGAACAGUUUUCCACUUCCAGCCCGACGGCAGCAGACAUUCCAGUGCUUAAACAGCUUGCAGACUGUACGUACAGUAUCGUGUGUGUGUGUGUGUGCUGUACCGUGUGUGUCCAGAUGAGCGAUGCCACUGAUGCUUGCAGGUUUAGGCUGUUUUCAUACUGUAAACAUGAGGCUUUUGUUUUGUAGGAUUCAGGUUCUAUUUUGUUGGAAUUGUUCCAAGUAAUUUAAAAAUAAACGAUUUUCAUGAA